CGCUGUUUUGAUUUGUGUCAGGUUGGUAUUCCCACUGGAUAGCAGAGUUGGAGAGUGCGUCCUUGUGAAUUUCAAACAUUUUGGAGGGCUGGGCCUCCAUGGAUGUCUACGAAGCAACGCGGAUCGUGUUCUCGAGAAUCCAGAACUUGGAUCCGGAAAAUGCCUCUAAGAUCAUGGGAUUUCUCCUCAUCCAAGACCACGGAGAGAAGGAAAUGAUCCGUCUGGCCUUCGGACCCGAGGCCCUUGUGCACUCUGUGGUCCUCAAGGCCCGCAAGGACCUGGGUCUUUCGUCGAACACACCAUCGACACCUUCGUCUGCAUCGCCUUUCCUCUCCAGACAGAACUCUUCUUCGUCACGUAUUCUUGCUAGCAACGGUCUAAACCUUCCACCUUCCCUUACUACGAUGGCCUCUUCUUCUUGGACACCAUCGUCGGCCUUCUCUGACAUCCAGGCUCAGGACGACCUGAUCAGUCCCAAUUCUACCUCCUCCGCCUCCUACGCGGCAGCAGCAAACGCGAACAUGGUCGUUGGUUCUUCUUCCUCGUCUUUUCCAUCGACUUCCUUAUCUUCUCCUUUCUAUGGCUGUGGUAGAGACCUCGUCGAUGAAUUCCAGCUUCAAGACCAGCUCUCCUUCCUCAAUGAUGCCUCUCCCACCCUAGGCCCAAAGAAUGCUGACUUGUUCUAUCCACAACCGGAGGUAGCGGCGAGUCCAAGCGGCGGCACUGGAGUUGACGCUACGCUUUUCCCCUCUUACGCGGCUGCAGCUGCGGCCGCCUCCGCUGCUACCAGUUGGGAAACUACAAUUGAGGGACAACACCGGAGGAGCUGCUCCGUGAACGACAUCUGCUUAGGGUCCGAAGCCGGGUCCGGAUAUGGGUGGAAACCGUGUCUAUACUUCGCCAGGGGCUAUUGCAAGAACGGUAGCAGCUGCAGGUUCCUCCAUGGGCUCCCUGAUUCCUCCCCGAUGGUCGCUGAUGCUGCUGCUAUGGCGUCGUCCUCACCAAGUAAGCUUGACCGCUUUGAUGUGGUGGAGCGGUGUCAAGAACUCAGAUCCAAAAAUGCCCAACAGAGGUUGGGAAACGCGUCGCCGCUACUGGCCUCAGCCUCUUUCCCGUAUGCCACUGUUACCCGCGGCAAAUGCAUGAAUUUCCUGCUUCAACAGCAUAACGACACCACCCAGAGGGCUGCGGCGGCCUUGAUGUUGGGCGAAGACCUACACAAAUUCGGCCGGUCGCGAAAUGAAAUCUCAACGACAGGCGGAGGGAUGGUGAACCCUGGAUCCAGGCAGAUCUACCUUACGUUUCCAGCUGACAGCACUUUCAGAGAAGAGGAUGUUUCCAAUUAUUUCAGCAUUUACGGUCCUGUACAGGAUGUCAGGAUCCCAUACCAGCAGAAGCGAAUGUUUGGGUUCGUUACGUUCGUCUACGCGGAGACGGUGAAGCUGAUCCUGGCCAAAGGGAACCCGCAUUUCGUAUGCGAUGCUCGGGUGCUUGUGAAGCCCUACAAAGAGAAAGGAAAAGUCCCAGACAAGAAGCUGCAACAGCAGCAGCAAGCUGAGAGAGGGGACUUAUCGGCAUGUUCUACACCUACUGGCGUUGACAUUAGGGACGCCUACGAUCUGCAGCUCGGACCAAGGAUGUUUUACAACACCCAAGACGUGCUGUUGAGAAGGAAAUUAGAGGAGCGUGCCGACCUGCAACAAGCCUUAGAACUCCAAGGACAGCAACUGAUGGGUCUGCAGCUUCUCGACAUGAGGAAACACCACCACCACAACAGUCCGUCCGCUGGUGCUCUGGUUCCCUCCCCGACUCAAACUCACGGCAAUCAGACAUACGUCCUCCCGUCCGGGCGGGAAAGUCCAGAAGAUUCCUUUAUUGCGUUGUAUUUUGCUGCAGAGAACUGUACAAACCCUGAAACAACCAUUUCUGCUGCUGCUGCUCAUCGACAGUUACAUCAGGCGACUAAUGCGGACGAGGAAUCCAGAGGCGACAACGAAAUUGGCAAUGGCAAGGAGCAGAGGCCCGACCUAGUCGACGGUAACUUCCAAGAUGGCUUGGAGCAUAAUCUCCCAGACAGUCCCUUCGCGUCUCCCACGAAGUCUGCUGAACCCACUUGCGUCUUCUCCACCUCCAGCGAUGCGGCGGAGUCAGAGAUGGGUGCCGCCUCAGCUUCCUCGUCUUCUUGUAACAAUAAACUGAUCUCUCCCUCGUUGUUGCCUGCAACAUCGACCCUGGACAUGGCUUCCUUCAAAUCGUAUUUCUUCCAUAUGCCCAGGUUCUCUUCCGGACGAGGAAUCAUAGAAAUGUAGGGAAAGGAUGGAG